AUGUUGCCAGAACUGUGGUUCACAUUCACCCCAAGGCCGAUCACGCCGAUUGACCGAGCUCGAAGUUUGUCGCCCCCAACAGGCUGUACAGAGCCUCCUUCGGAAGAGCGACCUCUCGUAUCGAUGGACUACAAUCAUGGCACAACGGCCACAACAACGGCCGCCAACUCCACAAGAGCGGGAACUCCAGAAAACGACCUCAUCGAGCCGGUACAACGCCAAAACCCUUUCUCGACUCCAUAUGGCUCGAUGCCAGGAUCGACAAUAGGAUCGACAACCGGUAUCGAUGCACAGCCGAACAGAUUCUUCCACUCAAGACGAAUCAAGAAGGAAGAAGUCGAGAAGCCGUGGCUGGAGAAGAAAGAUCCCCGGCAAAAAUGGACAACCAUAAUUCCGCUCAUCGGAAUCUUCAUCGGUCUAGCUCUGACUGGAUUUGUGAUUUACGACGGCAUAUCGUCUCAUCAUAACUACACGUAUUGCCCUGUGUUCUUGGACGACUUUUCGAAUGGACUCGGUGACGGAUGGACGAAGGAGGUUGAGUCUGGAGGUUUCGGUAACGGACAAUUCGAGGUCACAACAAACACCGACGAGAAUGUCUUCGUCAAGGACGGCAUGCUCCACAUCAAACCGACCCUCCAAGAUCCGAAACUGAUCGAAACUGACAAUGUCAUCAACCUGCUUUCAGACGGCAUUUGCUCUUCGGACAUCUGGUCCAACUGCGUCGCUGUGACCAACACCACCAAUGGCACUAUUGUCAACCCUGUCAAAUCAGGCCGCAUCUCCACACGCGCCAGCCACGCCAUCAAAUACGGUCGUAUUGAAGUCGAAGCCCAGCUCCCCGAGGGCGACUGGCUCUGGCCCGCAAUUUGGAUGUUGCCGGUCAACAACACCUACGGCGACUGGCCGGCUUCGGGAGAAAUCGACAUCAUGGAGUCUCGCGGCAACAACUACACCUACCCGACCGGCGGUAACAACGUCGUCUCUUCUACUCUGCACUGGGGGCCCGACCCGGACAACGAUGGAUACUGGCGGAACCUCGCCAAGCAGAAGGCUUUGCACAAGACGUAUACCACUGGCUUCCAGACCUUUGGAGUGGAGUGGAGCGACAAGUACAUUUUCACGUACAUCGACUCGAGGCUAUUGCAGGUCAUGUACACGAACUUUAAGAAGCCUUUCUGGCAAAAGGGCAACUUUCCUUCUUCGGACGCGAAUGGCACGAGGAUCGUCGAUCCAUGGAGCCAGACUGGCCGGCCCAGCACGCCGUUUGAUCAGGACUUCUAUCUGAUCUUGAACGUUG